AUGGCCCGUAAGCGCAAGAGCGUAGCUAGUUCUGUUGACUUGUGCCCGCGGGAUCUCGACCAGAUCCCGUACAUCGCUUGGACGAACAAACAAAUCGCGGCCGGCCGCAAGCCCGCCGGCCCUUUGCCCGAAGGAGCGCCUGGUGCGGGGGACACCUCGUUCGAAGCCCCGCGCGAUGUCCCUACCCGCGGACGCCGUCAUGCCGACCGGGUUGCCUCAUCCCGCGUCAACGACGAUGCUGCCUUCGAUGACGAUGAUGACGCCGCGGACUCUGAUUACAACGAGUGCGACGAGGCCUGCGAAGAUGACGCGGACUCUGGCGAGGAGCAGGACAAGGGCAUGUCCCCCUCCGAGGAUGAAGUUGACGCCGACGAGGACGCCGAUGACGACGAGGAUGCUCCCGAAGAGGCCCAGCCUGCGUCCCCGGCUCCUCGUCGCGGCCGUGCGUCUGCCGCUGCGGGAACCAAGACUGCUGCUAAGGGCGGGGAACCUCCGCGUGCCGCUGCCAAGACCCGUAACUUGCAUCCUGUUAAGCGGAGCGUGUGGUCCCCCCGUGAGAACACAAUCUUCGUGGCUGCGCGUUGGUUCAUGAAGGACGAGCUCGGGCCCCUCCUCGGGAAGCAGGGCUCUCAGUACUUGGCCCGCCUCGCGCGUCACCUCGAGAAGGAGAAUCCCGAGACGGCGACGAUGGCCGCUGCAAAGCUGGUGUGCGAGACGAUCAAAGGCUGCCACUCAGACGCCAUGAGCAGGCUCGAAGGCCUCGUCCGCGCGUGGAUGGAUCAGGACGCGCGUAUUGCUCGGGAACGCGUGCAGCAGCCCGCACCCUCCCCGCAUGUCCGCGACGACAUCCCUGCCCACGCGGACAACAUGACCGACUCGCACGCCGCCGAAGGCGGCGACGACGGCUGGCUUCGUCGCGGGGCAGGCGGGCGAAGACCCCUCUAA